AACUGUUAUGAAUGCCUUGGGCAUGACUAGUCUACAAUACCACUUAUCAUAGGGAGGGUUUGUUAUACUAAUCAAUGGGUACUUUUGAAGCAAAUGGGAGGUACCUUCUUCACAAUGUAGCAGGCUAGGGAAGAGAAGAGAUGUGUUAUCGCCAGAACGUAAGUCACAGGAGCAUGGAGUUGGCUGUCGCAAUCUACUGCACUUCUCAAUCGUAACAUAAAGAGUGGCACCUUCAAAUGGCAGCUCACAGUUCAACCACUCUUGGUCAAGACCCAUGUAUUUCAAAGCGGAUCCUGCUUUUACUUGGAGAGAGACUGAGUGGAAAGAGCUCAGUGGGGAACACCAUCUUGGGCAAGAGGGAAUUUGACACAGAGAUAAUGACAACUCACAGCUCUAAGAGGAAGGGCACUGUUGCAGGAAGACAGGUGACUGUGGUGGACACUCCUGGAUGGUACGUGGGGAGCAGCACCCCUGGCAGAGUGGCACAGGAGCUGGGACGAGCCCUGUCCCUCUGUUCCCUGGGGCCCCAUGCCAUCCUCCUAGUGGUCUCUGCCAUAGGGGACUUCAGUCAGGGAGAAUGGAGGGCCAUGGAGGAGCACCUGAGGCAGAUCCAGGCCCCUAUCUGGCAGCGAGCUAUAGUGCUCCUCACCCACGGAACUGAGAUACCAAGAAGAACCUCCGCUGAGGAACACAUCCGAGGGAAGGGCAAGAGUCUCCUGUGGCUUGUGGAGAGGUGUGGGAACAAGUUCCAUGUUCUGGACAGCCACGCCAGGGACAAAGAGGUUCAGGUCCAAUUGCUGUUGGAGAAGAUUGAUAAGAUGGAUGAGAUAAAUAGGCGUCCAAGGGAAAUACAGGAGAGGUUGUACACCCAGGUGAGAGAGAGCUUGAGGAUGGGAGGAUGGAAACAGCAGGGAGAGGACAUGGAAAUGCUUGUCAUGCAGGACAUGAGGACAAGGCAGAACCAGCGGGUCACAGCAGUGGUACCCAUAGAGACAUCUAAAUGUAGGCCAGCUGCGUUUGGCCUUGUGCUGCUGGGAAGAAGAUGUUCUGGGAAGAGUUCAGCAGGAAAUACCAUUCUUGGCAGAAGAGAGUUUGGUAGUGGCAAAAGAACAGUCCAUUGUGUGGUGGGACAGGGAGAGGUGGGAGGGAGGACAGUCAUGGUGGUGGACACUCCUGGUUGGAGUCUCUACGGUCUGUCCAACCCGAAGCAGGUCAGACUGGAGAUGAGAGGCAGUGCAUCCCUGUGCCCCUAUGGGGUAGUUUGUACAUUCCUCUUGGCCAUACCAGUUGACUCCUUCACAGAGAAAGAUAGGUGUGCUGUGGAGACAUACCUGAGUGUUUUGGGUGAGGGGGUAUGGAGAAGCACCAUGGUGCUUUUCACCUAUGGUGAUGAGUUAAGAGGCAGAACCAUUGAGGAGCACAUUGAGGAGACUGGAGAGCCCCUCCGUGGGCUGCUGGGGAAGUGUUCUCACAGGUACCAUGUCUUAGAUAACAAUAUUAAGGGCGAUCUAACCCAGGUUGUCGAGCUGUUGCAGAUGGUAGAGCAGUUGUAGACACUGGAUCAUUCACCUCUGCGGAUAACACCCUGUUAUAUAAAAUGUUUGAAAUUAUACAUUGAUGUAAUUUGCGCCAAAUUAUUUAAAGUAAGUUCUUGUAUGGCCUUAUCUAAAACAAAAUGUUUAUGUUCCUCUGUAUCCAGUCAAAUCAUUUAAAGGUCAACUGCAGCCAAAAAUGGGGUUUAUUAUAUAUUUCCACACCAUGAGGUUGGAAUAAUACUGUGAAAUAGUGAAAAUUAGGAUAAUGUCCUUUCAGUGUAAGAGUUGUUUGAUAAAACCACCUGAAACUUCUGUUUGUUUUGGUGGGAUUUAGUUUUGGUCUUUCCAUGGUGACAUCACCAUGCUGUAAUUUGACAUUCCUUGAUUAGACUAUAUUUGAAUGAAAACAGAUUAUAUUAAUUAAAUCAUGAUUGGCUUGAUUAAGUUACCAAUGUCAGAUGGAGCCAGCUCAGGAAUACUUACUUUUCCCCUUUUGAUAAGAAAUGAUCCUACUGUAUUAAGUCUGUAUUAAGUUUUUAUUAAUGUAAUAAAUACAUUGGAAAUGAAAAGUAAGUCAACCAACAACACAAGCUUUACAUUAAUAAAUAUGUGUCGAGUAAA